AUGUUCCUCUCUCUCUUGAUUAUCUCUCUCUUCAUUCCUCCUCAUCAUUGUUUUCCCGCCAGAAUCCUGUUACCACAACCGCCAAUAACAGAACUAACUAACAACCACACCUGGUCGGAUUUUGCCAAAUUCAUCCACGUCGGAAAAGGAAGCCACGUCAACGGCAUAUCAGAGCUCAAAAAAUACUUCCAGAGAUUCGGUUAUCUCAAACGCAGCGAUCUCACAGACGCGUUCGACGAGCGUUUUGAAUCCGCCGUCGUUUCCUAUCAGAAAAACCUAGGUUUAACUGUAACGGGUAAACUCGAUUCCGUUACUGUUAAUCAGAUCAUGUCACCGAGAUGCGGCGUCUCUGACGCCGCCGCCGGCGAUCACGCGUUCCACGAGACAAAACGCUACGCAUACUUUUACGGACAGCCGAGAUGGGCUCGAUCAAACCCGAUGACGCUAACGUACGCGUUCUCGCCGGAUAAUAUGAUAAACUAUAUAUCGAAAUCCGAUAUAUUGGGUGUAUUUGAUCGCGCGUUUUCGCGAUGGUCGGAUGUGAUUCCGGUUAACUUCACGUUGACGGAGGAAUAUUCUACGGCUGAUAUAAAGAUUGGAUUUUACAGCGGCGAUCAUGGAGAUGGACAGCCGUUCGAUGGGGUUUUAGGGAUUUUAGCUCACGCGUUUGCGCCGGAGAAUGGAAAGUUUCAUUUGGAUUCGGCGGAAACGUGGUCCGUUGAUUUUAAAAGAGAGAGAUCAAAGGUGGCCGUUGAUUUGGAAUCGGUUGUGACUCAUGAAAUCGGGCAUGUACUCGGGUUGGCUCACUCGUCGGAUAAUGAUGCAAUUAUGUACCCGAGUUUGAGUCCGAGAAAGAGGAAAGUUGAAUUGAAAAUUGACGACGUGAGAGGAGUGCAGGCGUUAUAUGGGUCAAACCCGAAUUUUAAGAUGAGUUCGUUAUUAGAAUGGGAUACGUUUUCAAGCUGGGCCGUUAGAUUGGAUGCCACGUCAUUUUCCAAGUUGAUAUAUACUUUCGUGAUGGGGAUAUUAUUGUUCACCAUGAUGGUUGCAUGA